AUGUCCCUUGCUUCAGGCCCUGGGCCCGGGUGGUUACUCUUUUCCUUUGGAAUGGGACUGGUAUCGGGGUCAAAGUGUCCAAAUAACUGUCAGUGUCAAGCCCAAGAAGUGAUCUGCACAGGGAUCCGGUUAACCGAAUACCCCCCAGACAUACCCCUGAACACCCGGAGGCUGUACCUGAAUGAUAACGGCAUCACUUUUUUGCCAGCGAUGACUCUGGGACUCCUCAGUGACCUUGUUUACUUGGACUGUCGGAAUAACCUGAUUCGCGAGGUGAUGGAUUAUACCUUCAUCGGGGUCUUCAAACUCAUCUACCUUGAUCUCAGCUCCAACAACCUAACCUUGAUCUCCCCAUACAGUUUCUCCGUGCUCAGCAACCUGGUGCAGCUGAACAUUUCCAACAACCCUCACCUGUUAUCUCUCAACAAGUACACCUUUGCCAACACCAGCUCUCUGAGGUACCUGGACCUCAGAAAUACCGGCUUGCAGACCUUGGACCAUGCUGCCUUUCAUAGCCUCAUAACACUACAGACCCUGUAUCUGAGCGGAAACCCAUGGAGGUGCAACUGUUCUUUCCUGGACUUCACCAUCUACUUAAUAGUGUCCCAUCUGAACCAUCCAGAUGAUCAAAAUGCCACGUGCACGGAGCCCACGGAGCUGGCGGGGUGGCCCAUCACGCAGGUGGGGAACCCGCUCCGCUACAUGUGCAUCACGCACCUGGACCGCCAGGACUACCUCUUCCUGCUGCUCAUCGGCUUCUGCAUCUUCUCGGCGGGCACGGUGGCCGCCUGGCUCACAGGCAUGUGUGCUGUGCUCUACCAGAACGCCCGGCGCAAGUCGAGCGAAGACGAGACCGAGGACGAACACGGCCAGCGGGGGAACGUCAGCGGGCGGAUCUUCAGAAGCAGGGUGGACUCGGCCCAGGACGGGCUCCCUCAGCUGAUUUAG